AUGGUUCCGCCGAGGCUUCUGGUUGCCAACAGGGGAGAAAUUGCCGUCCGCGUCCUCUCGUCAGCAAGAGAAUUGGGCCUUCAUACCAUCGCCGUAUCAACAGCCGACGAUAAUGCGCACGCGUCUUAUGCCCACGAGUCGAUCCAGCUUCCCUCCGUCUCAUCGUACACGGAUGUGGGCCUCCUGGUGUCGCUCUGCAAGGAGCAUCGCAUCGACCUCGUGCAUCCUGGCUACGGCUUCCUGUCGGAGUCGGCCGAGUUCUGCAAGCAGCUUCUUGCCGCUCGUGUCACUUUCAUAGGGCCUGGUCCGCAGAUCCUGCGACAGACUGGCGACAAGCUCAGCGCGAGGAGAUUGGCCGAGGAGCACGGCGUGCCUGUCCUCCCUGCACUUGGUGAGCCGGUGAAGGACAUAGAGGAUUCAAGGAGAUUUGCGCACGAGGUCGGGUUCCCUCUGAUGCUAAAGGCAGUGGACGGAGGAGGAGGCCGCGGCAUACGUCUUGUUCGGAGUGAGAAAGACCUCGAGGCCAGCUUUCGCAGGGCGUCCAACGAGAGCCCCAGCAACCAAGUCUUUGCGGAGAAGGCAGCCAUUGACGGCUUCAGACACGUCGAGGUUCAGAUCAUUGGUGACGGGAGGGGGGAUGUCCGGCAUUUCUGGGAGCGCGAGUGCUCGAUCCAGAGAAGAUUCCAAAAAGUCAUUGAAAAGGCGCCGUCCUCGGUGGAGAAUCGUCUCUUGAUCACUGCUGUUAUCGAUUCUGCGCUGCGGAUGGCACAGGCGAUCAAAUACUCGUCGCUUGGGACGUGGGAGUUUCUUGUAUCGCCCGCGAGCUCAACAUAUUUUUUCAUGGAGAUCAAUCCUCGGCUUCAGGUGGAGCAUACCAUCACAGAAGCCAUCUCUGGUAUCGACUUGGUCCGAUCUCAGAUACUCAUUGCUCUGGGGAAGAGUUUUGUCGAUAUCGGAAUCGACACGAUGGGUUCUAAGGACGCAAGCAGGCCGCCGCCUCCUGCUUCUACAGCCAUACAGCUAAGAGUCACAGCAGAAGAUCCUCGUCGAGAUUUUGCGGCCUCGAUUGGGCGGAUCAAAAAUGCACUCUUCCCUGGGGGAAAUGGGAUCCGAGUGGACAGCCACCUUCGCCCCGGCUUGGUGGUAUCGGCAGACUUUGACUCGCUUGUCGCCAAGGUGAUAGUGACUGCCAUGGACUGGACUGCUGCGGUGAACAAGGCACAGAGGGCACUGCAAGAUGUGGCUAUUGACGGGAUUGCCACUAAUAUUGACCUGUUGCAGAGGAUUAUCCACACAGAUGACUUUCACCGUGCAAGCUUUGACACACAAUGGCUUGAACAACAUCUAGAGAAUCUUCUACGAGAGGAUCAGAGCAUUUCAAGACAUGCCAAUACGUCCGCUUUCAGGGAGAAUACCCAAGUGGAGAGGUCAAUAACCAAAACAUCCUCGGCAGCCUCAGACCAACUUGUUAGGAAAGGAGACCACUUCGAUAUACAGAUAGAAGGGGAAGGCCUGCCUACAAUUUUCCGCAACAACGCCACGGUUUCCAGCAUCACCAGGAACGACUUUCCCAAUUCUCUGGCCCUAAGCCUCUCUACAGGGAAUAAUAAUCCCGACAGUCCGAAGACAGCAACCUACAACCUCAAAAUGUCUAAGCGGACAGAUGCACAGCAUAGUCUGAAGAUCAGUCAGCGCGGGGACAUGUCGAACACCCCCGCAGACGCCUCCUCGGUGUUGCUAUGCCCGGUGUCUGGUCAGCUGAUUGAAGUCUUGGUCGACGAGGGCGAUAUUGUCAGCGAGGGGGACGCUAUCAUCGUCGUACGUCAGAUGAAGAUGGAGCUGGAGAUUCGCGCCCACCGAUCGGGGGCGGUGAGGGGGCUCUUUCAGAGUCAAGAGGGGGAUCACUGGGAACCCGGCACAUGA